UAUGCAUGCAUGCAUGCAUGCAUAUAUCGGGUCAUUGCUCACUCACAAAUGGAUCGUAGACCUCUAAAAUGAGUGUGAACUGGAUCGUGGACCUUGGGAGGUAUGGCUCGAAGACGGGUAUGGUGCAUCCACAGUGUGCAGUUAGAAAUCGCAAACCAGUUUUUCUCCCAUGGGCCAGUCUUUCUACCACUCUCCCUCGAGAUGGAUGGUGUGCUGGCUGCAGUACCCCCCGAGACCUUCAAUUGCAUGUUUUUGGUCUUAGUCUCGGUCGAUCGUUUUUUGCUUUGGUGUAGUUUGCCUUGUUAGCCCUGUUUGUUGCUGCGUGCCGUGGGCCUUGUCCCUGAAGAUGGUGAUGAUGAAGUUGACGACUGACAAUAGGGCAUUAGCAAUCAAAAGGAGAAUGAGAUAAAGCAAAGCA